AUGUUCGGAGUAGAGAAGGAAGACUUGGAGGUGGAGUACUUCUAUGAAUUGUGCGGGUUCCGGGGAAGGGUUGCACAAUGGAAGCCGCGGGUAAACUUUGACAGGCCAUCCUGCGAAUCACUACGUAUUUUCGUUCGCUACCCGACGUCGGGUGGUACGGCGCUGCGUAUGAUUUAUCGAGGGUCCCUGAUAUGCGGCAUCGCCAGCUCCUCAACCAUGUUCAUCCUCGGCGGAGCGGUUGCCGGCCUGGGGAGCGCCGGUCUCGAAAACGGCGCAACUACAAUCAUUACAGCCGCUGCGCCGCUCGAGAAGCGGCCGGCGCUCAUGGGCAUGGGAUUGGCAAGACAACGCCAAGGCUUCUACAUCAACUUCCCCGUCGGCGGUCUUGCCGCACUCGUCAUCAUCCUCGUCGCCAUUCCGGACCGUCGCAUCCGCAUCCCCGGGGGCGCAUGGGCAAUUGUCAGGCACAAGUUUGACCUCCCGGGCUUUGCGCUCUUCGCCCCCUGCGCAAUCAUGGUCUUGCUCGCUCUCGAAUACGGCGGCAAUGCAUACCCACGGAGCUCGGCCACGGUCAUCGGCCUGCUGAUGGGCGGCGUGGCCACCCUUGGUGUGUUCUCGUGCUGGGAGAGGCGGGCGGGCGACGAUGCCAUGAUGCCGCUGACCAUUAUCCGCAGGCGGGAGACCUGGACGGCGUGCCUGACCAUGGUUUUCCUGUUUGCUGCCUUGUUCGGAGCGAGCUAUUGCCUGCCGAUUUACUUCCAGAGCAUAAAGGCCGCGAGUCCGUUCCAGAGCGGGCUACACGAGCGGCUAAUGAGGGCGCGCCCAAGGCAGAAAAUAGGAUACUACCUCCCCUUUGCCGUCGCUUCGGCCGUCAUUGUCAGCAUUGGCAGCGGUCUGCUCGCCACGCUCGACCUCUUCACCCCGACUGCGACGUGGGUAGGAUACCAGAUCUUUGUAGGUGCCGGACGCGGACUGAGCAUGCAAAUUGCACUUGUGGCGAUUCAGGCCAACACGCCUCCGCCGUUGGUUGCCAUGGCCAUUGCCACCAUGGUGUUUUGCCAAACGUUUAGCGGAGCCAUGUUUAUCGCCGUCGCCAAUACCAUCUUUAACGGCACGCUGAAAAAGCAGAUGACGAGCACGAUCCCUUCCAUGAGUGCGGAGGAGAGUGUCAAGGCUAGCGCGACAGGUGUGCGCAAUGUUGUCGGGCCAGAGUUCUUGCCUGCUGCGCACAGGUCUCGAACCAUGGAGGCCCGGUGCCUGCUCCAGCUAGCCAAGACUCAGUCGGGACAACUUCAAAUGUCAACGCCCUCGACUCACCAAACUUCACACCCCAACCAACAUUGUUACAUCUUCACCACCACGUGCUUUCCCCUGACUAAUCGUCCGGACAGCCGUCUCCUGUGGUCCGCUAUGAACAGGCCCAGAAACCGCCAACCGCGUCCGCCGCGCCAGGACAAACAAAAUGCAACCCGUCCUGGUCCUACAUCGCGAGGCUCCCCCGCCACGCCCCAACAGGCGGCGGGCACCGUCCCUACCGUCCAGCAAGUCAUCCCAGGAGCUUCCGUCUUCAUCAUACUGAAAGAAGACCAGCCCACUGGCAAAGAAACCGCCGGCGUCGUCAGCCAGCUCCUCACUCGAGGCAACCACCCACGCGGCAUUAAAGUGCGCCUGAGAAACGGCCAAGUCGGUCGAGUUCAGCGCAUGGACACCGCGUCAGCGGCAACGCCUGUGGUUCCUGAGUACUCUUCCAUACCGCAUGCGCCGUCGCGCUUCACCCACCGUUAUACAGAUGUCCGAAACGACGUCGACUUUCCCUCUGAACCUCCGCACAGGAGCCUGGCAGAUUUCCUCCCACCUCUACCGUCCGCCAGUCAGGCUGCUCCAGAUAUGAGCCAUGGUUCAGAUGCCGUGGUGAGCUACGUGGCCGUCAACUGCCCGUUUUGUGAUUCAUUUACGGGGGACGAAGCCGCCGUCACUCAUCACAUUGACCGCGAGCACUUGAGCUGA